AUGCUGAUCACAAACAAUGUGAAUUGCUAUCCAUAUCCCUCCAGUAUAGAAAAAGGAAAAGCAAAGCCUGGAGAUGGUUAUCGGAACAUGUCCAAGUGUCUCCUCUCCCAUCCCCCUAUUACCAGAACUCUGAAGCUGAUGAAAGCCAUUUAUUUAACUAAAAGCGUCUUUUGCAACCAGCCUACCCCCUCCCCCCGCCAGGCUGUGCUCAGUGCUGCCCAGUAUCAGCUGCUCCAGUGCGCCACCCCUGAGGCUGUGGUGAGGUUGAAGGAUACCAAACUUAGGGCCCUGCAGGAAGGAAUAUGGGACCAGUAUUUUAAACAGCAGAAACAUGAAAGUCUGCUGGAAUAUUUGCACAAUGAAAUUAUGGAGAAGAAACCACAUGACAGUGUAUUUGUGCAGGUCACAACCCAUUCCAAACUGCUUUCUAUAGAUGAUGAAAAAGAAAUAGCAAAAGUUCUUAAGCUACCGCCAGCAAAUGUCAGAUCAUUGGCACUUCAAAAUUUUGGCACAGAGCAAGAAUUUGGAAGAAAGAUAAGGCGUUUUUUCAAUGAUGUCAAGAAAAAUGAUACACUUUUGCUUGUCCAAUGUGAUUCUGGGGACCAAAAUGGCAGCCUGAUAGCAUGUGCUCGCUACUGUGUGAUGGAUGAAUUUGCACAAGCCAGGGAAAACAUGGGUAGUAAAAUCCAUGUGGUGUUUGUUGUACAAUUGCCCAGAGUUUCUGGUGGAUGUUUUGUAGGCUUUCAGGGUGGCAAGUGGCUCUCGGUGCACAUUGAUGACUUGAGGCCAGAAACGUAUCAAUUGCCUUCCUGGGGCAACAUGAUGGGAAACUCCAUUGGGACAUUAUUCACACAGUCAGUUCACCAAUGUAGAACCCAUGGACCUCAGAGUGGCAUCAUAACAAGGCAGGAUCUGGCAGAGAGGAUAGAACAGUUACAGAAAAGGGAACUGGCUCCACAUCCAAGUGAUUCUGGUAUAGUCUUGGAAUCUGAAGUGAACAACACUGAUGAAGACUCUCUGAUGGACACAUCAGAAAGUCAUUUUAGCCAAGAUAUUGAGACAGAAAACCAAAGGGCAAGUACACCCAAAAAAGAGAAUUCAGUGCAGGUAGAUACUGGAGAGGAAUUACCCACAACCGAUGUGAGGAUGGAGGAAGAUGUGGAAAGAAUGGAAGUUGAAGAUCAUGAAAGUGACUUAAGGGGUCUUGACUACAGUGCACUGAUAAGAAACUGUGUCCAGGGUGCUGCAGCCAUGUUGAAAGAGGAACAUGCGGAAAAUGUGCAGCGAACCACUGAGAGAAUACAAAUUUUAUUGAAACUGUUAUCUAUCAGAAAAAUGAAAGGACAAGACUGCAGAACAUUUGCAGAGGUUGUUGGACGGAGAGUUGCGUUGCUGCUCAGUGAAAAGGAGGAGAAAGUUAUGCGGCCAGGAAGAGCAGCUAACUGGCUGAGAAAUGAAGCAGCUUCCAUGGAUAUGAUCCACAAAGCAGGAACGUUUAGGCGAUCGUCAUGGCAGUGUAUCCAACAAAAAGUCACACCUAUGCUGGCUGGAAUAGUAGCCCUGAUGGACACCAACUCCAACUUGAAUAUUCUCCACGCUCACCAAGACUUGACCCACUGGAUGCAUCAGUUUUGGUUAGAACUGUUGGACAAUGAGAAUGCCACUGAACUGAAAUACCAAAGAGAUCUCAGGUCCCCAAAAUUGAAUGCUGAACUCACUGAAAUGGUAGUAAGAACUAUUGGGUGUGGGCAAAUGUUCUGUAACCAACUGCCAUUCUCUUGGGUGAUUUAUCAACAGGUGGAAAAGAUGCUGCAUCAAGUGAAGAAAUUGGAUCAAGUUAACCAACUUCAGAAAACUCAAGAAUUAUUUGAGGAAUGGCACACAGGGAAGAUUGUUACAAAUUACAUGAACAAAGCUCAGAAUGUGGCUAAAGAUAUUCUAGACUUGUACCUUACUGACUUUGUACAUAUGAUUCACAAGGAGUCUUCAGAUGGAGAAUGCCAGGUAAUGGUACAUGCCCUCAGGUCUGCAGCAUUUGAAACCAGACAGAGAUUCUACAAUGAACAUGCUGUCAGCAUGCUUCCUGAAAAAGAGGCAGAAAGGUUCCACCAAGCAAUGAAGUUUGGUUUCACAAUUCCCCUGGUUCAUCUAGCCUAUCACUCUGUGCAAAGUAGACUACAACAUCUGAGGCAGUUAUUCCAUCUUUUGCCAGAUUUGGCUGCCUCUCUGCUGAAUGAUAUUGGUAAAAGCCAGAAGAAUGAAAUGAACAUUGAUGUCCUCGGAUUAACAUACUGCCUGGAAAACCUAGAACCUCACACUGAACCUCUUGAAAAUCAAAACCAGAGAAAUGGCUGGCUUGACAAGGUCCAAAGGUUUAAACCAACAGUAGAGAGAAUACUACAGUCAGUGUGUCAGGACUCCUAUCAUUAUGGAGACAAGAGCAGAUAUCAACUCCUACAGUGCAGAUACAUGUGGAACAGGUUGCUUGCCUUGCACCUCUUUGUAGAACAUGUUUGUCCCCGUGGGGUAAAACGAGAAGAUCUUACUGUAAAAAGAUGCAUGCCUUUUUGGAUUAUGCUGUCUAGAGAGGAGAAGACUGACUUUAAAGAAGUACCUUCAAUGGAAAAAGUGAAGAAGUUCCUUGAGAGCUGUAACAUCAGUGCUAGUAAACAUUUUUUUGGAGAACUUGAAAAGUGCAAGUAUUGCAAGCAGCCAAUGCAGAACCCUGUGAAGUUGCCAUGUGGUCACAUCUUUUGUCAUGCCUGUCUGCAAGGCCGUAGAUAUGCUGAUAUCAAUGAAUGCCCAGAAAGAGGGUGCAGAAAAAUGUUUGGUGAAGUUAAGGAACUGAAGACCAUGUCAGACUUCGGGGACAAGAUAAAAGCUCACAAUGAGUACAAACGGAGUUGCAAUACUUUCUUCAUGGCCCUGGUGUCCCAGCUGUGUUUUAAUGAAGACACUCCUCCAGAACCUGAUGUGGUUAGGAUGCUUCUCAGUUGUGUCACCAAGGAGUCCCAGCUUAAAUCUGGCAAAUCUGGCACUAAAGAUUUCAAUUUGUUUGAUGUCUGCAUUGACCCUUCUCCUGUGAUCAGGAGUUUCUUGCUCCAGCUGCUUCUGCGCUCAGAUAUGGAGCAAGUCAAACAGUAUCUUCAGGAAUAUUUUGACCAAGCAAGGAAAUUCACUCAAGAUGGAUCCCAAACUUUAGAGCUGUGUAUGCUUUGUAUUCAGUGUAUGGAGGAUUCCUUCCAUAACAAGAUUUCCCAGCAUGGAAGCAGUCUGACAGCCAGAGCAAGCAUGGUUACAGCUUAUUUGAAGAGAGCCCGCCUCAUGAUAGGAGGGAGCAUUAAAGAAAUUGACUGUAUUGAGGCCAUUGCUUUAAGUAGAUUUGGUCUUGCUGUAACGGCAGAUAUAAUGUUCUCAGCAUUUGUUGAGAGUGGAAGGAAAAUACCUGUAUCCAGAGAAUUGAGGGAACUGUUUGAUGCAGCAGGGAACCUGUGUGAUCAAGUCAGAUGGGCAAAAAUAUUUUUGGUAAAACAGAUUUGCAGAGUACACGGCACUGAGGCCCUACAGACCAUAACUGAAGUCCCCUACCUGGCAAGAUGGAUACUGCCCCCAGAAGCAAGGCAGAAGGUCCAUGAUGACAAAGACAUGUAUCUGAUAUGUGGUCAGCUGUAUGAGCAUCUGAGAGAGACUGUGACAAAAGUGGUCCUUGGGAAAAGUGUGGAUCUUAUACAGGAAGUUCUGGAUGGAAGCAAUGAUGGGGUACCUUUGAAAGAGACAAGCAUGUUACUUGCCUUGUACAGAGAGGUGACCACAAGUUACAUACAUGAAGAUCCAAACAGGCUGCCAAGUCAAGAGGUGCUACAAAAUCUGGUGCAGUACUACCAUCAGCUGUCUAUAUUCCAAAUGAAGACUUUCUGUCAGAAGAUCCUUUCCAACCAAAUUGGUCAAGGCUGUCCAGAGUUGACAAUCACCCGUGGUCAAGACAGGCUUCACCAGCAGAUGUCAGCACUGGUCAUCCAUGCCAUGGUGAUAUACUCAGUGAAAUGUACCACAGUUAGGCAAAAAGGAAUACUUGAACCAUUCCUGAAAAUGUUCCAAAAGCCACAGGAUAUGAAUGCUUCUUAUUUCCCUACAAUGCCACAAGAUGAACUGAGUGAAAUAAGAGAAGCAGUCCACAGUGGGAGGACAGGUGGACAGGCAGAUACACUGUGGGUUUGUCCUAAUGGACACCCAUAUGUCAUUGGAGAUUGUGGAAGACCUGCUGUUGAGGCUCAGUGUCAAACUUGUGGAAUAAAAAUAGGUGGGAUGCACCACAAUCCAGCCCAAGGAAAUGUCAAAGCAAGAGAAGAUGACCAAACACAACCUGGACACAUUCUUGGCAAUGCCAGCACCCGAAAUACAACUUCAGAACCAAUGAGAGGAAUCAGUGCAGUGCAGGCUGCUAUCUUGAGGAUGAUAACGCACAUCACCAUGUUUGUUGCUGCUAAUCGGGAUCCACAGGGAGUUACGAGUUUAAUCCAAGGUGUAAACCUUGCAAAUGGAGUGAAUACCUUUCUGUGGCAGCACAUUCAAGCGGAUAUCCAAACUCUGAGCAGGACCAUUCGCAAGAGCCCAGAAGACUGUGUACUGAUGAUGCACAUGAUCAUCCAGAACAUUUUGAUAAAUGAAACAUCAGCUGAUAGAUCUAGUGGAUGGGGAAACAAACAGUCCAGACAAACUUGGGAGGCAGAAUUUGCUAGAGUCUUUAUCACCCCAAUUGUCAGUGGUCUAGAAAAUAAAUUGAACAAUGCGAACCAGUACAUGGCCAAAGACGAAAGACUGGGUAACAAUCCAUUGAUAAAGCUAGUGUAUGAGACAGAGAGAGUUGACACAGGUAGAGAUGUCCUGCAGGUUGACAAGCUGGCAGAGGAACCUGAAGUUUGGAGGUUCCGUUCCCGAAUCACCAUUAAUAAUGUCACACAGGAGUUAAGUGAAUUCAUGACAAGUAGAAGAGGACAGAAACCACACCAGCUGCUCAUACUUCAGGCAUUCUUACAGAAGGAGCACUCUCUUAGGAUGCUGCGCUACCUUCCCAGCAUACUCAAGCUACAGCGACUGCUUUCGCAGGGUCACCAAAGACGUGUUAACAAGAAUGAGGCAAUGAGUAUCACAAUUAAAGAGAUGCUUGAAAAGAUGGUAGAGGGACCAGAAAAGAUGGAGAUGCAAACCUUGAUUAAAUGCUUCAAAGAGGUUUGGUAUACAGUUAGAGAAGAAAUUGCAGCAAAAGGAGUUAAAGUUGCCAAUGGUAUACUAAGAGUACCUAAAGAGCAAUGUAGAAUGCAGAUUGAAGGCAGUACUCCUCUGUCCAUACUUCUUCCAAACUCUCGUGGUCAUGGUGUGUGCUCCCUGGCCCUAGUGCGCCAUCUUAUCAACCUACAGAAUGACUUUCUGGAAGAACACUACUGGAAAUACAGAAAAAAUGCCAUACCUGAGGAUGUUGUCCAACCAAAGGACCUGAUUGUGUCACACAUAAUCUCCUACCACCCUGAGCAUGACUUGAUGCCUCUCAUCCUGGCUAGCUGCAACUAUUCAUAUAAAAUAUCACCAACAUCAGCUGGGUCCACACGGCAAGAAUCAGAACUGCAGUAUGAUUACGAUGCACUGGGAAAACAAAUUGAGGAGCAUUUUUUGAAAGGGAAAGUCAGGCUUGGCGGACAGUUGGACACCAUAACUUUCAGAGAAGAUACAACACAUGCUAGGGUCUUCAGGGACUUGGAAGAGAAGAUACCUCAGGAACCACUGUCCCACCAAGUUAAGCACCAGAUAGUAAGUGAGCUACGAGACUUCCAGGAUAUCUCAGAUUCUCUGGUAGCUUUGGAUCUGAGUGCAGAAUUCCUGGUAACAGUUGGUGGAGAACCUGGGUCAAAAAUUGCAGAAUUCAUGCAAAAUACUUUAAGCUUAGAGACGGGAUUGAAAAGUGCAAAGGCAAGACAACACUGUAGCCUGAGCCAUGUUAAGUCACUGUGGCUGGUUCUUGCCUAUGAACAGGCCAAACAUUUAACUAAGAGGAAACAGGACUCUUUCCAUAUCCUGGACGAUCGCUACAGAGAAAAGUUGAGCCCUGAACAAGUGGUUGUUUUGGCAGAGGCCUUAAAACACUUGAAUACUGAAACUUUUCUCUGUGAGUUGUUUGAAUUCAUUGUGCUGUAUGUGUGUGACAAGAGAGAAGUGGCCAUGGAUGAAGAUGCUGUAGAAAUUGCUGAUGACAGGUUAGGUCACCAGCUCUAUUCCUACAUAGACAGCAAAGAUGGACCAGAAAUUCCAUCUUUGGUGCAGGAGGAUGGGUUCCCAGAAAACUUUCAAGUCAAACACUGCGAUCAUAUUUGGAAAGAAACUCUCAAAAUGAUGACCAAUCCUGAAAGCCAAUUUUAAAUGUGCAUACAUUUAUCAUUGGAGUGCAGAAGUCUGAAAAGAUUUUUUUUUUUUUUGCUUUUUGUGGACUAUCAAGGACAAAUGCUAUGUGCUAGUGACUAUCAUAUAUCCAGUUAUUUCAAAUCUUGAAAAUUUUGUGUCAAAUUAGAAAGAUAUGCAGCUUUAACUUCAGCUCAUUUAUCCUUUUCAAAAAUUUAUGUGCCAAGAGCCAAAAAUUAAAAUUUAAAACGAUUUAAUAUGAGAUACUAGUAUACACUUCUUCUAGCCUCAUAGUGUGAUUACAGGGGUAUUUCCAUAUUUAAGUGUGUUUUUAAAUAUGACUUUCUUCAUGCUGUUGCUUGCUUUUAUUGGUAUUAUGCUAAGCUUUUGCUAACCAUGUCUCAUUACCAAAUGUUUUUUUAAAUACCUAGACAGUUUGAUUUGAGGGGUUCGAUACGUUAAAAUGUCUACAUUUGGCAAAAUAGCCCUUUCCCAAUUUCUUUAAUAUAAAAUACUUAGUAUUAGGAAAUUAAAAGAUUAAAACACAUAAGAGUAAAAUCUCCCUUUUUUUUCUUGUGACUACAGUUACCUCCCACACAUUUCAGCGUACAGGGUGGUGAAGUGUUUAUUGUUGAUAUAUCUGCAUUGUUAAUGGUGUGAGAUAAGGAUGGGUUGCUGAUAUAACUAAGGUAUUAUAAUAAAUAUAUUGUUGAUAUAUCUGCAUAGUUAAUGGUGUGAGAUAAGGAUGGGUUGCUGAUAUAACUAAGGUAUUAUAAUAGAUAUUGGCAUAGUUGAUGACCAGGAUGUGUACUACAAUUCUGGUCCAUCGUUUGGGGUUUAUAUAAUUUUAUUAUAAGAGAUAUGAACCUCUAAUUAAGAUGUUCCAUUAAACUAAGGCAUUAACUUGACACUGUAAUGAUAUUAUCAGAAAUAAGCCUUUCAAAAUAGUUCCUGGUACCAGAUUGUAGUACUUAUUGUUGUGAUGAAAUAGGCAUUAGAACAAUGUCUGAUAGCUGAUCAGGUGAGAGAAGUGUGUUUGAAGUGGAUACAUAUAACAGUUUUACCCCCAAAGUGCUGCUGAUAAGUAAUCAGCUUGGAUUAACAAAUUCACCCUGAUAUAUUAGUGAUAUGAGAGUAUUUUCUCAUAACAUGAACCUUUUUAUUUCUGCAUUUUCUAAGUAGAUAAGGGAAAAUCUUAGCGUAUCGAACUGCUUAGGAGGGAAAGUGAUACUGGUAAAUCAUAGAAGGGAAAAUCUUAGUGUAUCGAACUGCUUAGGAGAGAAAGUGAUACAAAUAAACCGUAUGAUCAUAAAGACUAAAAAGUGCAAUAUUGCAUCUUAAGUACAGAAUGUGUUAUAAUGGGAAUAUAACAUGACUAACACUUAAAUUACCAUUUUGAAGUUAUGGAGUACUGCUUGUGCUCAAAAUGCAAUAUUUGAUCUGUAUAAUUGAUUGUAUAAUUAAUCUGUAUUUUUGAGUUUGGAAUAUUGGCCAAUAAGUUCGUACCUUACUUUGAAAAACUGUGGGUUAUGGUACAAAUUGAAAUCACACAAAUAUAAUAUAAUAUUGAUGAAGUACUAAUGCAUUGUUUUUCAAUGUUAUUAGAUAGUAGCCAAAGAAAGAUUAGGUAUGGAAUUGAUAAUUUCUCUAAACAUAUUUAUGCAAAUCAUGCAUGUUUGUAAUUCUUAUUUAUAUACUGCUACAUAAUUAUACAUGAUAUAUCAAAGGUUUUAUAUCUGCAUAUUACUCUGAAUAAUUUAUGAAAUCAAACCAAAGAGAAGAUAAUCAAGGCUUUAGUUAUGUUAUCUAUAAUAACAUUAUAUGAACCUUGUCUUCUUAUUGAGGUCAAGGAAUGGUUUACAGAUUAAACUUUAUUUGAAAUAUCAUAGCCUUUGACUGAAGAACACAUUAGUGAUAAGGAUUGCAAACCUCUUUUCAUUCCUUAUAUCUGAUGCUUAGCUUAUAUGCUAUUGGUUUCCUAUCUUAAUAUCAUUCAAA